AUGGCCUUCGCACAGGCAUCAUCGAGAAUGGCCACCAACCCCCCCAAGCCACCCACCGACAUGACGCCCAACUUCGCCGACCCCAACUUUGACCCCGCCGACUUCCUCAAUGACUCUCUCCCACCACUGACCGUCGCAUCCACCCAACCCAAUGCCUCACGAGCACCGGGUUCCGUGCCUUUAACCGAGCUGUCCGCUCAAGUGCAGUCGCUGCUCUCGCAGAUCAGCGCGCAGAACGUGCGUCUCUCUGGCACGCUGUCCCAGCUCACCGAUGAGAUCCUCCGUAGUGGGGGGCGGUUGGCUUACGAGGUGGAGGUGUUGCGUGGAGAGACUAUUGGGUUGUCGGAGACUCUGACGGAGGUGCUGCGCGAGGAUAUCACUAAGUUUGUUCCUGAGUCUAGGAGCACUACGGCGGUGUCUAGUCGUAAGGCUCAACUGAAUGACGAGCUUGUAUCUUCACCCAAGGAGGAAGAAGAAGAAGAGGAGGAGGGGGAGACUACAGCAGAGGAAGAGGAAGACAAAGACAAAGACGAAGUCAAGGAGAAGGAAAAGACGGUCGCCAACGAUCCCGAAUACAUCACCAACCUCCGCACCCUCAACCAAGUGCGCUCCCGCCUCGAAGACGUGGUACAGACCUUCGGCGACGCAAUGGAAUGGCCCUUACCACCGUCUGAGAUCUCAUUCUCAUCGUCAUUCAUCUCCGUCUCGGGUCCCGACCUGGGCGCCGAGGGACGCAGCCGGGAAGAAAAGGGCCAAGAGAUACUGAGGAAGCUACGGAGCGAGAUCACCGAGCUGCUGGACAGCGAGGGUGGCGGGAUGGCCGGGGUGGAGGCCGCCAGUCGGCGCGUGGAGGCUGUGCGCAGGCUGGCGAUGGUGUGGAAGGGUUCGGCGGAGGAGAAAGCGCGCACGAGGCUGGUGGAUGGCCUGACGAAGAUCGUGGACGAUCGGCGGAGGGUGUUGGAGGCGCAGGCGGACCAGGGUGCUCGAUCGCAGGCGAAAGGCCGCCCGUCGAUGGAGCAGCAGAGGCGCAAUAGCGAUAGCGGAGGGCCCGGGGGUGGCCUGUUCCGCAAUCUGCAGCGGCUGCGCGAGGAAAUCUACCUGGAGUAA